CCGUAAAGACAAAAAAAGAACAAGCCCAAAACACGUUCAUCUUCUUCUUCACCAUUUAGACGAGACUAGAAAUCUCUCUCACUAUUGUUUUAUUCUUUUCUACCAGCGAUUAUAUAUUACUUGCUACCUGGAUCUCCGAUUUGGCUUCAGUUUUCUCUCUCUCUGGAGGUGACAAUGAGAACUCCAGGUGAAAGCUCAAGAUCGAGGGAGGAGAAGAUUGUUGUUACUGUGAGAUUAAGACCACUGAACAAGAAGGAACUCUUAGCUAAAGACCAAGUUUCUUGGCAAUGCGUUGAUAGUCACACCAUUGUCUCUAAACCUCAAGAACGUUCUCAUCACCGCCAGUCCUCUUUUACAUUCGAUAAAGUGUUUGGACCAGAGAGUUUCACUGAAGAUGUGUAUGAAGAUGGUGUUAAGAAUGUUGCCUUGUCUGCUUUGAUGGGCAUUAACGCAACAAUAUUUGCUUAUGGACAAACGAGCAGUGGGAAGACAUAUACCAUGAGAGGAGUAACGGAGAAAGCUGUCAAUGAUAUUUACAAUCACAUUACUAAGACCCCUGAAAGAGAUUUCACAAUCAAGAUUUCUGGUCUGGAAAUAUAUAAUGAAAAUGUGAGGGAUCUUCUCAAUUCAGAGUCUGGUCGUGCCCUUAAACUCCUUGAUGACCCUGAGAAAGGGACUGUGGUUGAAAAACUGGUGGAAGAAACUGCUAAUAACGAUCAUCAUUUGAGGCAUCUGAUUAGCAUCUGUGAAGCUCAAAGGCAAGUUGGAGAAACUGCUUUGAAUGAUACAAGCUCACGGUCACACCAAAUAAUCAGACUGACGAUACAAAGUACUCACCGCGAAAAUUCAGAUUGUGUGAGGUCAUACAUGGCUAGUUUGAACUUUGUGGACUUAGCAGGAAGUGAAAGAGCGUCACAGUCGCAGGCAGAUGGAACGAGACUCAGGGAAGGUUGCCAUAUUAAUCUAAGUCUCAUGACCCUUACAACUGUCAUAAGGAAACUAAGUGUGGGGAAAAGAAGUGGCCACAUACCUUACAGAGACUCCAAGCUCACUCGGAUAUUACAACAUUCACUCGGUGGAAAUGCUCGAACAGCCAUUAUAUGUACGUUGAGUCCAGCUUCCACUCAUGCUGAACAGUCGAGAAAUACUCUAUACUUUGCUAACCGAGCAAAGGAAGUUACAAACAAUGCUCAAGUGAAUAUGGUUGUCUCUGAUAAGCAACUAGUGAAACAUCUUCAGAAAGAAGUGGCUAGAUUGGAAUCAGAGCGUCACACUCCUGAUCCAUCGAGAGAAAAGGAUUUUAAGAUCCAGAAGAUGGAAAUUGAAAUGGAAGAGCUUAGGAGACAAAGAGAUGAUGCACAUAUCCAACUUGAGGAGUUGCGCCAAAAGCUUCAAAAGGAUCAACAACAAGAUAAGGUCUCUACGUCUAGCGCGGAGAACAAGACUCUAAACCGGAAUGAGAGAGCAAGAAAGACAAGUAUACGUCAAUCUAUGAUACGCCAGUCAUCAACAGCUCCUUUCACACUGAUGCAUGAGAUCCGCAAACUUGAACACCUUCAAGAACAGCUUGGGGAGGAGGCAACAAAGGCUCUUGAAGUACUACAGAAGGAAGUAACUUGCCAUAGACUAGGGAACCAAGAUGCUGCUCAGACCAUCGCUAAGCUUCAAGCAGAGAUAAGGGAAAUGCGUACUGUGAGAUCAUCAUCCCCAAUGCUUAAUGCUGGAGAUGUCAUAGCUCCUAACAAGAGUUUAAGUGCCAACCUCAAGGACGAGAUAACAAGGCUUCAUUCACAAGGAAGCACAAUCGCAAAUCUAGAGGAGCAACUUGAUAAGCUGGUGAUGUCACUUCCAAGCAAUACCAAUGGUGGAGAUGAAACCCUAAAGACAAAGAAGAAGAAGAAGCAUCUUCCAUUAACGCCGAGCAGCUUAUCCAGCCGCCAGAGUUUCUUGAAGUCUCCAUGCUCUCAUCUUUCAUCUUCGAAGCAAGUCUUGGAUUGUGAUGCUGAGAACAAAGCUCCCCAAGAGAACAACAACUCUGCAAGUAGAGGAACAGCUACGCCACAGAAAGGAGAAGAAAGCGGAGAUGUCUCGUCAAGAGAAAGCACUCCAGGUUACAGGAGAUCAAGCUCGGUGAACAUGAAGAAGAUGCAGCAAAUGUUUCAAAACGCAGCGGAGGAGAACGUGAGAAGCAUACGAGCAUACGUAACCGAACUCAAAGAACGUGUGGCUAAACUGCAGUACCAGAAACAACUUCUCGUCUGUCAGGUGCUCGAGUUGGAAGCAAAUGAAGGAGCUGGAUACAGCGUAGAGAACGAGGAGAAGACGAUAGAGGAAGACGAAGAGCAGAGUCAAGUGGCGUGGCAUAUAACAUUCAUAGAGGAGAGGCAACAGAUCAUAGAGCUGUGGCAUGUCUGCCAUGUAUCCAUCAUCCACAGGACACAAUUCUAUCUGCUGUUCAAAGGUGACCAAGCAGAUCAAAUCUACAUGGAAGUGGAGCUAAGACGGUUAACUUGGUUAGAACAACAUCUAGCAGAAGUAGGUAACGCAACUCCAGCACGAACUGGCGAUGAACCUGCAGUUGUAUCUCUAUCAUCGAGUGUAAGGGCAUUGAGAAGAGAGAGGGAGUUUCUGGCGAGAAGGAUAAACUCGAGACUGACGCCUGAGGAGAGAGAGGAGCUGUACAUGAAGUGGGACGUGCCGCUGGAAGGGAAACAGAGGAAGCUCCAGUUCGUGAACAAGCUAUGGACUGAUCCUUACGACUCAAGGCACGUGCAAGAGAGUGCAGAGAUAGUUGCCAAGCUUGUUGGGUUCUGUGAAAGUGGUAACAUCUCUAGAGAGAUGUUUGAGCUCAACUUCGCCAUGCCUUCAGAUAAAAGGUGGAACAUUGGUUGGGACAACAUCUCUAAUCUUCUUCAUCUAUGAAGAUAGUCUUUUUUUUUUCAUUUGUAAAAAAGUACAUAAGAGUACUACUCCUAGUUAUAUACCAUUGUGGCUGUAUUUGUAGUAGUACUAUAUUCCUUAUCAAAUUUGAGACUAUAAAACUAUAAAGAUCAGAUUCCCAUU